AUGGCGGCAAACAUUCAAGUCACUCCAGAGCAGGUGCUGCAGUUCAGUUCACCCACCAGCGACUUUCUCUGUCCUUUGACCGCCAACACGUACAACAUCGAGUUCUACCGCUUCACCAUCCGCGACAUGGAGACGGGCGAAGUCGUGUUUGAGGUGGAGCGUGAGCCGGAGGACUACCCGCCCCCGGAGACCCUCGCGAAUCUCCCGCCGGAAGUGCAGCAAUUGAUGCGCACCGUCACCUACAAAUUCCCUCCUUCCUUGCUGCGACGAAAGACAAUUGGGGCCAAACUUGUGUUUGGCGUCAACGGCGACAUCCCCGUCCCAAACUUCCGCAUGAUUGAGCGGCACUACUUCCGUAACACACUCAUCAAAUCGUUUGACUUUACAUUUGGUUUCUGCAUCCCGCACUCCACCAACACGUGGGAGGCGAUCUACGACGUGCCUGCGCUCUCCGAGGAGUGGGUGCAGGCCAUCAUCGCGAGCCCCAAUGAGACCGUCAGCGACAGUUUCUACUUCGUGGACAACAAACUGAUGAUGCACAACAAGGCCUACUACGCGUACAAUGCGCAGGAGGGAAACUCCGUUAUUUGA